AUUUGUUCAUUGUCAAUGCUCUAUUCUCCGGGGCAUGUUCACAUAUCCAUUUCAAUCUAUAAAUAGAGCAAUGCAGGGCUCUGCUAGAUAACAAGAAGAAAAAAAUGAGAAACCAAGUACCCAAAUCCACUCUUAUCUUCUUCCUAUUUAUGAUCUAUGGAGUGAUUUCAACUCCUCCAGAUGAUCCAAUCAAAUGUUCUUCAAACAACAAAAACUGCACCAUCACAAACUCGAUUGGUGCCUUCCCUGACAGAAGUACUUGCCAAGCUGGUGAGGUUAUGUACCCAACCUCAGAGGCAGAGCUCAUAUCCAUGGUUGCAUCAGCUUCCAAAAACAACCGCAAAAUGAAAGCUGCUACCCGCUACUCCCACAGCAUCCCAAAGCUGGCCUGCCCUGAUGACCAAAAUGGGUUGCUGAUAAGCACCAACAAUCUGACAAAGAUAGUGAAAAUUGAUGUGGAAGCAAGGACCAUGACAGUGGAGAGUGGUGUGCUGCUGAGACACAUCAUAAGUGAGGCUGCAAAAGCUGGUUUGGCCUUACCAUACACACCAUAUUGGUGGGGAAUUACCAUUGGAGGCCUUUUGGCAACUGGUGCUCAUGGAAGCACUUUGUGGGGUAAAGGAAGUGCUGUUCAUGAGUAUGUUGUUGAGAUUCGAAUUGUUACUCCUGCAGGACAUGAAGAUGGAUAUGCUAAAGUUCAGACCCUUAAUGAAUCAGACCAAGAUCUUAAUGCAGCCAGAGUUUCUUUAGGAGUUCUUGGUGUUGUUUCUCAGGUUACUCUGAAAUUGGAACCCCUCUUCAAGCGAUCUCUCACAUUUUUGACAAAAAAUGAUUCAGACUUGGGAGAUAAAUUGAUUAAUUUUGGAAGAGAGCAUGAGUUUGCGGAUGUAACAUGGUAUCCAAGUCAAAGGAAAGCCGUGUACAGAAUUGAUGACCGUGUUCCUGUCAAUACACCUGGCAAUGGCUUAUAUGAUUUCACCCCAUUUCGAUCCACACCCUCUGCCACUUUAGCUCUAGUUAGAGCCUCAGAGGAGCUUCAAGAAGCAACACGCGAUGCUAAUGGGAAGUGCAUCAGUGCAAAGUUGGUAACUGCAACACUGGCAAGCGGUGCUUAUGGAUUGACAAACAAUGGUGUACUCUUUCUUGGCUACCCUGUUGUUGGAUUUACCAACCGCAUUCAGUCAUCAGGGACAUGUUUGGAUAGUUUAAAUGAUGGAUUCAUCACAGCAUGUGCAUGGGACUAUAGAAUCAAGGGGGAAGUUUUUCACCAAACAGCAUUUAGCGUCCCAUUGUCUGUGGUAAAGAACUUCAUUGAAGAUGUUCAGAAGCUUCUUGAGUUGGAGCCAGAGGCACUGUGUGGCUUAGAAUUGUACAAUGGAAUCAUUUUGCGCUAUGUUACUGCUUCGAGUGCUUACUUGGGGAAAACAGAGGAUGCCGUGGAUUUUGACAUCACAUACUACCGUAGUAAAGACCCAUUGAAUCCUAGACUCUUUGAAGACAUACUUGAAGAGAUUGAACAAAUUGGGUUGUUCAAAUAUGGAGCAUCACCACAUUGGGGAAAAAAUAGGAACUUGGCAUUUGUGGGAGCAAUCAACAAGUAUCCUAAUGCACACAAAUUUUUGAAGGUUAAAAAGAAGUAUGAUCCAAAAGGAGUUUUCUCAAGUGAGUGGACAGACCAAGUGCUUGGGCUCAAAAAAGGGAUAACAAUAUUGAAGGAUGGGUGUGCAUUGGAAGGGUUGUGCAUAUGCUCACAAGAUAGUCAUUGUGCACCAAACAAGGGCUACUAUUGCAGACCGGGUAGAGUUUACAAGGAAGCAAGAGUUUGUAGACUUGUGAACCAAAAGAGCAAAUGAUUUCAAAUUUUCAAUGACAAUGGGCUAUUAACGUUGGGGCUAUAGAAGUUAGUAUUAUGUUACUUUCUCUACCAAUUCUUAUGUGAUCAUAAUAAAAAAAGUUGUUCAUGCUUCCAUGUUAUGGAUUGCAUCAUGUCUUGUAACUUGUUUCAAUUCAAUUCCAUGUUAUAGUUUAAACCGCUACAAAGAUAUAUGAAUGAAGCAAAAUUAAUAA